AUGGUCAAGACUUCCGUCCUCAACGAUGCCCUCAACGCCAUCAACAACGCCGAGAAGAGCGGCAAGCGUCAGGUCCUGAUCCGUCCUUCUUCCAAGGUCAUCGUCAAGUUCCUUUCUGUCAUGCAGAAGCACGGUUACAUUGGCGAGUUCGAGGAGGUCGACGACCACCGCAACGGCAAGAUUGUUGUCCAGCUUAACGGCCGCCUCAACAAGACUGGUGUCAUCUCUCCCCGCUACAACGUCCAGCUCCGCGACAUGGAGAAGUGGGUUGUCAAGCUCCUUCCCUCGCGUCAGUUCGGUUACAUUGUUCUGACCACCUCUGCCGGUAUCAUGGACCACGAGGAGGCCCGCCGCAAGCACGUUGCCGGCAAGAUCAUCGGUUUCUUCUACUAG